GUUGUUUAGUGUUUGUGUAUUUGUGAAUAAAAUUUUCUUUUUUGCCGGGUGAAAUCAAAUCAAAUCAAAUCAAUUCAUCAUGUCUAACAUUUGUUUACGUUGUAAUAAACCAGUAUAUGCUGCCGAAGAAUUAUUGGCCGGUGGUAAUAAAUGGCAUAAAGUUUGUUUCAAAUGUAAUCUAUGCGGUAAACGUUUGGAUUCGACCAACGUGAAUGCCCAUGAUAAUGCAUUGUGGUGCAAACAAUGUUAUGGCCGUAAAUUUGGACCUAAAGGCUAUGGAUUCGGUGGUGGUGCUGGUGCAUUAUCGAUGGAUGUCGGUGAACAUCUUGGCAAUCGAGAAUCACAAAUGACAAACAAACCAUCCGGUGUUAAUACAUAAGAUGAUUCAUCAUAUAUAUUGAAUAAGAUGUCUAUUUGAAUUAUUAUUAUUAUCUUACAUUAAAUUUGCAAAAAAAAAAAAAAAAAAAAAUCAAAACAAACAAACAAAUCCACCUAUUCACAUUAUAUAUGAGCGACAAAAUGAAAUAAAUUAAUAAAAAUCUUUAAAAUCAAA